AUGCCCAAAAAUUAUGCAAAUGCUACGCAAAGCAACAAGAACCCAGCAAUUGCAGUUCCGCCCGCAGGGUCUACAGAAGGGUCGGAGUGCUCAACUUCGCUGGAUGAUUAUCUCGACAUUCGGGACCAGGUUGCUGGUGCGUUUCUCACAGACGGUAGCGGCAAACUUGAUCCUACCCAGCUGGGUUUGCUCCUCCAUGCGAAGUCACUUGGCUCAGUGGAGUACACGCAAUACUUGAUGGAGUACUUAGCUGUGGACUUGAGGUGUGACUUUCUCAGCUUGGAUCUUCCGGCUCUUGAAAAUCUAGGUCUCGUGUUUCACGAUCAGGAUGUGAAGAGCGCCGAAGGGGAAGCGGCGAAAAAGGAAGACACUACAGAAGUUGAUGUUCAAGCGGCACAGGAACUUGAAGCAAUGGAGAGCAGUGGCGCAGUGGACAACAUGCUCGAGGAGACAGAAAACGGCAUCCAUACCAGUACCGAGAAUGGUUCUUCUCAGGGAGGUGACCUCGACGAGUCUGACGAAAUGCCUGGCUGGCUCAAAGACAUCAACCUUUGUUCCGAUGGCGAUUCUGACAUUGCCGUGGAAAGUAUGCAUCCAGAUGAUUCCGCUGAUUCAAGCUCGGAUAUGAUGUUUAGAGACUCCUAUGAUUCUCCCUGUGACUCACCAGCCGAAGAGGAAAAAGAAACUGCAGAUACUGAUGAAAAGUACUGUAUGGCGAAAUUUUACUUUGGUACCGCGAAGCCCAAAAUCUUUCCCAGCACUGCGGAGCAACAGGAACGCAACAAGAUGGCUCUCGAUGCAGUCUUUCACGCCUACUCAGCAGCAGAUAAGCAGAGCACUGGAGUUCCCACUGACAGGUCACCGCCACUGAUCAUUUACGUCCGCGACGCUGUGCGAAUCUGUGACCUCGAUUGGGGCCACCGUCUCCUAGCUCGCCUGCGUGAUCGUGUGAUCGAGCGCCGAAAGUCCAACAUGCCAACCUUCGUCAUCUUACUUUGCAUUAGUGAGGAUUCUAGCCGCUCCUAUCGUCAGGAAAGUUGGAAGGCGAAAGUCAAGAAGAAGUCCGGUGCCACCGAGUGUCUAGCUUUGCCGAUCAAAAACAUUGACAAAGAUCAGCUGAAGCAAUGGGAAGCCAUGUACAAUGACUAUUUGGAGAAACAAGAUGCCAAGCUUACCAGUCAGUUGAAUGUACGGGGACUGAAGCAGGCGCUCAAAGAGCUCUACCCGCACUUGGUCAGCGAGGAGCUUGUCGGCAAUGAUAUAACCUGGGAUUGGAAAGGGUCGGGAAAUGUAGGCUCUUUCCUGAAUUCAGAGGUGCUAUCUAAAGGAGCGGUUAAUGGUCUGGCAAGGACGAUCGGAGGAAGGGCAUGGGGAAAACCAGCGAUACAGCUGGAAGACGUGGUUGCGGUGCUGAACCGUAAGGAGUCUAUCAGGGAUCGUGGGAACGAGGAGGAUUCAAGAACAGGCGGCUCGAACGGCGAUUCGAAGGAAGAUCCAAGGUUGGCGAACUUGAGUAGCUAUGAGGAAACCCUCAAGGAAUACGUGAUCAAGCCAGGCCAGUCACCUAUUACCUACGACGACAUCAUCAUGGAUCCGGCAGCAAAAGCUACCAUCCGCCAGCUUAUCGCCAUUUCAAAGUCGACGCCAACGGCUUCAUCCAGCUCAAUUCUCGAACAUCUGAAAAUUUCUGGCGUGUUGUUCUACGGACCACCAGGCACUGGGAAAACGCACCUCUGCCGCGCCAUCGCCAAUGACUCUGGUCACUCGCUCAUAGCGCUUUCUGCAGCGGAGCUCAACUCUAAAUGUGUCGGCGAGACUGAAAAACUCAUUAAAGCCCUGUUCAGUCUAGCUCGCAAACUGUACCCGAGUAUCAUCUUCCUAGAUGAAGCAGACUCGUUGUUCUAUAGGCGAGCAUCCGACGACAAAUCUUGGCAACGGAGUGCAACCAACCAGUACCUGAUGGAGAUGGAUGGUCUGGCAUCCAACUCGGACAACAAGACGCCGCUCGCGAUCGUUGCCACCAACCGACCCAAGGAUUUAGACGAGGCAUUCUUGCGCCGCUUGCCCCACAAGGUCUACUUCAAGCUACCAUCCCGAGAAGAGCGCAAGCAGAUUCUCAAUCUGUUCCUGGCCAAAGAAGAUCUGGACGCAGAUGUCAGCAUCCGCGCACUGGUGAACCGUACCAAGGCAUUUUCUGGAUCCGAUCUGAAAAACAUGUGCAGCCAGGCUGCGCUUGCCUGGGUAUCAGAGGAGGUGCAAAAGGAAGGAGAGCUGACGCAGAAGCAGGUCAAGCUGGCGAUGCGGCAUUUUGAUUCCGCAUUGGAGCGUACAGGGCCGAGUACUUCGCCAGAAUUGUUGGAAGGCUUGAUGAACUUCUCAGAAAGGGUUCGGACAUGA